ACAAACAGUCCCUUUCUCCGCGUUUAUCUCCUGCACUAGAUUUUCCCAUAUCCUUCUCUUCCUUCAAUUUCUCAAAUCAUCAAAAUUCAUAAAAACCAAAAUCCCCAAUUUCUCGCAAAUCAAAACCCUAAUUAAAUUCAGAUUAUAUUAACAAGUAAAAAAUAAAAUAAAAUGAUGAUGCUUGUAAACUGUUCAAAUUGCCACACACCAUUACAGCUACCACCUGGAGCCAAAUCAAUCCGAUGUGCAAUUUGUCAAGCUAUUACACAUCUCGGCGAUCCUCGUACCGCCGUCGCACCUCCUCCUCCGUUGUCGUCUUCUUCUUAUGUUCCUCCACCUCAACCGUCGCACGGCCCGCCGCCGCCGGCAGCUCACGGCAGGAAAAAAGCGGUGAUCGUUGGGAUAUCUUACAAGUUUUCGAGACAUGAAUUGAAAGGAUGUAUUAAUGAUGCAAAGUGUAUGAAAUAUCUUUUGAUUAAUAAGUUUCGGUUUCCAGAAUCUUCCAUUAUUAUGCUUACAGAGGAAGAAACAGACCCCUAUAAAAUUCCGACCAAACACAAUAUGAGGAUGGCGCUUUUUUGGCUAGUCAAUGGAUGUCAACCAGGAGACUCACUUGUUUUUCACUACUCUGGUCAUGGUUCGCGGCAAAGGAACUAUAAUGGAGACGAGGUUGAUGGCUAUGAUGAAACCUUAUGCCCCUUGGACUUUGAAACCCAGGGUAUGAUUGUUGAUGAUGAAAUUAAUGCAACUAUUGUCAAACCUCUGCCUCUUGGUGUUAAACUUCAUGCGAUUAUUGAUGCCUGCCACAGUGGCACUGUGUUGGACCUUCCAUAUCUCUGCAGAAUGAGCAGGAGCGGACAGUAUGUAUGGGAGGAUCAUCGUCCUCGAUCCGGUAUAUGGAAAGGUAGCAAUGGGGGUGAAGUCAUAUCCAUAAGUGGCUGUGAUGAUGAUCAAACAUCUGCUGAUACAUCUGCUUUAUCAAAAAUCACAUCAACGGGAGCCAUGACGUUCUGUUUUAUUCAAGCCAUAGAACAUGGAAAUGCAUCUACUUAUGGGAGCUUAUUAGGCUCUAUGCGUAAUGCCAUCCGCAGUGCAAAAAGUGACAUGGGUCUUGGUAUUGGCGGUGGUGCUGUCACGUCUCUCCUUGGUAUGUUAUUGACUGGGGGUAGUCUUGCUGGUGGUCUAAGUGGUGGUGGACUAAGCCAGGAGCCGCAAUUGACUGCAUGCCAGACUUUUGAUGUUUAUGCAAAACCAUUUUCCUUGUGAUACAUGAUGCCGUUCGUUUGUUUGAGCAAUGUACAGUUCAUCCCCUUUAUGAUAGAGUUUCGGGUUCUUCACAGAACCAUGCUAAGUUGGCCAUAUUUGUGAUUGUGAAGAACCUUUGAAUUGCAUAUGUUGUAAUGGACUUCGUCCAUGUUUUGCUCUCUGCAUAUUACCCCUUAAAAAAAGGUACCACAGAUGCCGAAAUCUCCAUUGAAGGAGUUAAUUACUUGCAAAGAUUUUUAUUCUUUCCUUUUAUGGUUUGGGGGAGUAUCUAAUUCCUGAUUCUGUAUUUAUAAAUUUAAAAUUAAUUACAAAAUGUGAAAGGGGAUCUUAAUA